AUGGCAGUUCAAGGGGUGGAGCAGACCAUCCUUAGGGAUCCGGCCCUUUUCUACUGGAUUCUCUUCCCAAUCUCGGUUGUUAUGAUUCUCACCGGAAUCCUGCGCCACUAUGCCACCGUCCUCAUGAACACACCCCCAAAGUCCCCCUCGACUCUCGCCGAAUCGCGCGAGCGCCACGCUCUUCUUCGCGGUGUUAACUUGCGUAACCACGCCGCCGCCGUCCUGGAUCAGGAGUCCUUCGAGGCUCGUCGGAACUACAUGGUCGCCGGUUUCCGCAGCGGCGCGUUCUUGAAGGACCCCAACAACCGUGGUCAACCGCCCGCCAACCCAAUGACCGAUCCCCAGGGAAUGGAGGCCAUGAUGGGCAUGUUGAAGGGAAAUAUGAUGAUGAUGAUUCCCCAAACUUUGAUCAUGAGCUGGAUCAACGCCUUCUUCUCGGGUUUCGUUAUCCUUAAAUUGCCUUUCCCUUUGACUAUUCGUUUCAAGUCGAUGCUCCAAUCUGGUGUUAUGACCCGUGACCUGGAUGUGAAGUGGGUGUCCAGUCUGUCGUGGUAUUUCCUGAACUUGAUGGGUCUUCAGUCGGUUUUCGGAUUCAUCUUGGGAAGUGACAAUGCUGCCAGCCAAAUGGCCCAGCAGGUGGGUAUGGCCAACCCCGCGGCUAUGAUGAACCCCAUGCAGCCCGGCCAAGACCCCGACAAGCUGUUCACCAGUGAGGCUGAGAACCUUGAGGUUAUGGAGCACUUCUGCAUCCUUGACGGAGUGGAGGAACGAGUUCUGCGCAACUUUGCGCAGAUCAACUAA